AUGUGUUCCAACUACUACGGUGGCUAUGGCUGUGGCUACGGCUCAGGCUAUGGCUGUGGCUAUGGCUCAGGCUAUGGCUCUGGCUGUUGUGGCUAUGGCUCAGGCUAUGGCUCUGGCUUUUGUGGCUAUGGCUCAGGCUAUGGCUGUGGCUAUGGUUCUGGCUAUGGCUCAGGCUAUGGCUCUGGCUGUUGUGGCUAUGGCUCAGGCUAUGGCUGUGGCUAUGGCUCAGGCUAUGGCUGUGGCUAUGGCUCAGGCUAUGGCUGUGGCUAUGGUUCAGGCUAUGGCUGUGGAUAUGGCUCUCUCUAUGGCUCAGGCUAUGGAUGUGGCUCUGGCUCUGGCUGCUGUGGCUACAGGCCAUUUUGCUACAGGAGCUGCUAUUCUUCUUGCUGUUAG